CGGAUUGCUUUUUUCCUCACCUUUGGUUACCGAAAGCUACUUUUAUCCUUAUCAUAAAGACUCCAGGGGUGGUAAAGGCAAUCACUGUUUUGUUAGAAGAGCUGAAGGGAAAUCUAGACUAUCUUUUGAAGCGUCUGACAUUAACCAGUGUUAGGGUACACAUAGCAGAAUCAAAUUGAAGACACGGCCCUUUCAGGAGAAUUCCAACACGAAUCUCUGGUACCGUUCUAGUUGUGUGUGUGUGUGUGUGUGUGUGUGUGCGUGUGUGUGUGUGUGUGUGUGUGUGUGUAUGCCUCUGACUUCUUCCCCCUCUUUUAAAGCAAUACCUUAAUUCUCCGCUUGUUUGUGAGCAAUAGUGACACGAAAGUGUCAGUACAAAGUAGGACUAUUUUCAAGUUUUCCCUUUUACCUGCUGGGUGGUUUUUUGUGCUUGUUCGGGUUCGUGUGUGUGUGUGUGUGUGUGUGUGUGUGUGUGUGUGCCUUGAAGAGGAUUUUGAGUGGUUCCUAUUUUAGAAAAGGACAUUUUAAUUUGAAAGCCUCUGUACACGCACGCGCACACACAUUUAGAAGAAGAGAUACCUUUUGGAAUCCUACUAAGAAAAAUGGCAAAAGGAGCCAGGCACCGAAACAACACUGAAAAGAACCAGCCAGGUGAGAGCAGGUCGGAGGACAAACCCGAGGCCGAGUCAGGAGGGGGCGGAGUGGCCCUGAAGAAGGAGAUCGGAUUGGUCAGUGCUUGUGGAAUCAUUGUAGGGAACAUUAUCGGCUCUGGGAUCUUUGUCUCACCCAAGGGUGUGCUGGAGAAUGCUGGCUCUGUGGGCCUUGCUCUCAUUGUCUGGAUUGUGACGGGCAUCAUCACAGCUGUGGGAGCCCUCUGCUACGCUGAGCUAGGGGUCACGAUCCCUAAAUCAGGAGGUGACUACUCCUAUGUCAAGGACAUCUUCGGAGGAUUGGCUGGAUUCCUGAGGCUGUGGAUUGCUGUGCUGGUGAUCUACCCAACCAACCAGGCUGUCAUCGCCCUCACCUUCUCCAACUAUGUGUUGCAGCCGCUCUUCCCUACCUGCUUUCCCCCAGAGUCCGGUCUUCGACUCCUUGCUGCCAUCUGCUUAUUGCUUCUCACAUGGGUCAACUGCUCCAGUGUGCGGUGGGCCACUCGGGUUCAAGACAUCUUUACAGCUGGGAAGCUCCUGGCCCUGGCCCUGAUCAUCAUCAUGGGAAUUGUACAGAUAUGCAAAGGCGAAUUCUUCUGGCUGGAGCCAAAGAAUGCGUUUGAGAAUUUCCAGGAACCUGACAUUGGCCUUAUUGCCCUGGCUUUCCUUCAGGGAUCCUUUGCCUAUGGAGGGUGGAACUUUCUUAAUUAUGUGACGGAGGAACUUGUGGAUCCCUACAAGAACCUUCCCAGAGCCAUCUUCAUCUCCAUCCCACUGGUCACAUUUGUGUAUGUCUUUGCCAAUGUCGCGUAUGUCACUGCAAUGUCCCCCCAGGAGCUGCUGGCAUCAAACGCAGUCGCUGUGACUUUUGGAGAGAAGCUUUUGGGUGUCAUGGCCUGGAUCAUGCCCAUCUCUGUGGCCCUGUCCACUUUUGGAGGAGUUAAUGGCUCUCUCUUCACCUCCUCCCGGUUGUUCUUUGCUGGAGCCAGAGAAGGCCACCUUCCCAGCGUGUUGGCCAUGAUCCACGUGAAGCGCUGCACCCCAAUCCCAGCUCUGCUCUUCACAUGUCUCUCCACUCUACUAAUGCUGGUCACCAGUGACAUGUACACACUUAUCAACUACGUGGGUUUCAUCAACUACCUCUUCUAUGGGGUCACAGUUGCUGGACAGAUUGUCCUUCGCUGGAAGAAACCUGACAUUCCCCGCCCUAUCAAGGUCAGCCUGCUGUUUCCCAUCAUCUACCUGCUGUUCUGGGCCUUCCUGCUGAUCUUCAGCCUGUGGUCUGAGCCAGUGGUGUGUGGCAUUGGCCUGGCCAUCAUGCUGACAGGGGUGCCAGUCUAUUUCCUGGGUGUCUAUUGGCAACACAAGCCCAAGUGUUUCAAUGGUUUUAUUGAGUUGCUAACCCUGGUGAGCCAGAAGCUGUGUGUGGUCGUUUAUCCCCAGAUGGAGGGGGACUCGGGGCUAGAUGGGACAAGUGAGGACAUGGAGGAGGACCAGCAGCAACAGCAACCCAUGUACCAACCCACUCCCACCAAGGACCAGGACUCAAUGGAGCAUCCCCAGCCCUGAGAUCCACCAUGUUCUCACUUGCUCACCUAGCUACUCCUCCUUUAUCCUCCUUUUCUGCCCUGUUUCCUUGCCUGGGUAUCCAACACAUACACACACACACACACACACCACGCACACACACACCACGCACACACACCACCUCUACUUCUCUAUCAGGCAGGAACAGGUCUUAGGUGUGAGUGGUGAAAAAUAAUAGACUGACAUUUGUACCCAAAGAACCAGCCUCUCACCCGAGGGCACAUGUCUGAGACCCCAUACAAGGGCUGCCCAUACUCCAAAUGUUAAAGGAGAGUGGAGAUGCCAAGGGUGCCCUUGAGGGCUCUGCCUCCUGGGCCCACAGCCUCAGGUUCCUCUUAUACCUGAAUUCACUACUGCCUUCCCUCCCCAUUCCUGAGCCCCAGGAAAGCCUGUGUUCUGAGACAAGUGGCCACAGUGAGUUGGUUGGUGAAGACAGACGCAGAUGAAGAUCAGCUUGGAGAGACCUAAACCCCUGUCUGUUCACCAGAGACCCAAAAGUCAGAGGGGCUGCUUCCCUCUACCCUCUCUUUCCCACUACUCCUCUUCCUAUCCAACCUGGCCUUCCUGUCCCAGAAAGAUUCCUUUCAGGAUCCCUCCUCCCCACUGACUUGUGGACCAAGAGCAGGAAGACUGUCCCCUCCCUCAGCUCUAAGCUAGAACACCUGGGGAAAGGCUCAGCUUGCAGGAACCCAAGCACUGCCUCUGCCUCCUCCUGCAUCCUGCUCUGAACAUGGUGCCAAUGCUCUCUGAAGCCAGAAAGACUUUUUAUUCACAGUAUAGAAGAUGACUCUCUCCAAAAGACCAAACCUCUCAGAUGCUCCUCCCUGUCCCCUAAGGAAUACAACACAGCCGCACCAAGCCAGUACUGCUGGUUCCCCUUACCAUGACCUCCACGUCCUCUGGGCCUUGGCUCAGGGACCAGGUGUGAAGGAUCCGCAAGCCCUUCAGGCCUGAAACCGAAUAGGAGCCAAACAGCUUUGAGUCACUUCCCAUUCAAGAACUGGGCCUAAAAUUAUCCGACUUAUUUCUACCCCUCAGGAGGGACUGGUGUUAAAAUACCUUCUCUGGGAGGAAGGGCUAUUUCCCACUCCCCACAGCUGCCCAUUCCACAAGCUGGGGGGACUGGGUAGAGAACAUGUUUUGUAAAAGUCAGUUCCUUGCUGGAUGGGCACUGGUGGCUCAUGGCUUUGAUCCUAACUACUCAGGAGGCUGAGAUAUGAGGAUCAUGGUUCAA